AUGUUAAGAAGAAAAUUAGAAGCUGUUGGAGAUACAGUAGAACGAUUUCAUUUUAUUUUACAUCCAAAAGAUGAACAAAGUUUAACUCGUGAAAAUCAAGAUAAAGGAAAAGAAUUAUAUUCACUUUUAGUUCACCAUGAAAUUAUUCAAGGAGAUACAAUAAGAAAAAGAUUUCGAAAUAAUUCACAAGAACGAGAUAAAAUAGAAAAGAUAAUUCGAAAUGAUCUUGAUCCUUCGAUUGCCGAUCCAUUAAUUAGUUUAUUAAAUAAAUUAAAAGAUAAUAUUAGUCAACAACAUCAAUAUUUUUAUCAAACAGAUUUACCAUUUACUACUAAAGAAGAAGAAGGAAAUAAUAUUCGAAUUUAUCUAAAAGAAAAAAAUAUUUUAAAGUCUGGUGGACUUGCCAAAUAUAAAUAUGGAGAUAUUAAAAGAAAUAUUGAAAGAAUUUUAAAUAAACUUUUAAAAAAUACUCAAUUUGAAAAUGAUAAAGAAUUAAUUUUGUUGAAAAUUUUGUCUUUACAAGGAGAUACUCGUUCAUUUAAAAAAGGUUUAAAAGCUAAUUUAAAAGAUUUUAUAGAUCUUCAAGAUCAAGAAAAUGUUCCAAAAGAUAAAUCUUGGUGGGAUUGGAAUGGUUUUGCCGUUGCAAUGAUAGGACUUGUUCAAGUCAUUGCCGAAGCUGUUUUAGUAGCCUUUGGUUUGACUCAGAUAGGCAAUGCUUUAAUAUCAGGUACUUUUAGUUGGAAAGAAUGGGCAAUACAAAAAGCAAUUAGCUUCGGUCUCUCUAUGUUGACUGCUGGAAUUGGAAAGUUUUUGACGGAUAAAAUUAUGGAACAGAUUCAAGAAAAUGUUAUACAAAAGAUUGUUAGUAAAAUAGAAGAAAAUUUAUUAAAAGGAAUAAUCGGUUUAAUAAAUAAUAAAGUAGCAACUCUUUAUCUUCAAAAAAAAACAUUAGGAAAAGAUAUUUUAUUACCUCAACAAUUUGAUAAUAUUCGAACACGAGUUGUAUCUUCUUUAAGAAAUAGUUAUCAUCUAUUGGCUGAUGGUCUAAAGAAAUCAAAUUCAAAAUACGUUAAAAUGGCUGCUACUACUCUUAAAGCAAUAGAUAUCAUUAAUAAGUUGUGGAUUGUAGUUCAAUCUGUCUUACAGUUCGAACAUGUCCUUAAUACUUUAAAAGAUAUUAUUGAAGAAAAAGAAAUAAAAUAUAAAUUAAUACCUGAAGCUGUGAAAAAAUUAAGGAAUGAAAAUGAUAAACUAGUGGUAAUUACGUCUCAGCCAUUUAAGGCGGGUACAAUAAAGCAAACAGAUAAUGUACGCUUAGAUGAUCAGAAUUUUACUGGAAAUAGUGACUAUGUUAAUUUUCAAGUACAAAUAGGUGGACAGAGAUAUGAACAUCAACGUAGGGGUAAUGAAUCUACAACUGUCGCACAUAUUUUAGUGACAAUACCACCAAAAGAUUCUGAUGCUGUUUAUCAUUAUAGCUCAAGAAAAAUUGCUAAGGUCCUUCUUGAUAGUUUAAAUAAUGGCAAAACAGUAAAAUUACUUGCAGAAAAUCUUUAA